AUGGCCGAUGAGCUGAAAAAGAAGCUGGCAAUGGUCAGCGACUCGCUGGGGCUGCUAGAGAAGUACAAGGAGGACUACACAACGAAUCCUAAGCUAGCAGAUCAGGUGGGUGCGUGGGCGAAACAACUGGAGGCGAUGUACGACAGGUUCUACGGUUUCUCUGCCAAGCUGGAGAUGCUGUCAACCGAUGCAGAAGUGGACAAGCUCAAGGAGGAUAGGCUGGCGUUUGACGCUCGCUACUACACGAUGCUGGCCUUUUGCUUGAAUAAGUCGACGCCCUCUGGAGCUGCGCCCAGUUUGCCUGCGUCUUCGGCUUCUUCUUCCUCCCAAACGCUGAGGACGAAGCUUCCUGAGUUGAUUCUUCCAAAGUUCAACGGCGAACUCAAGCAUUGGUGCGAGUUUCGCGACGCAUUCAAGUCGGCGAUCGGCUCCCGUGACGAUAUCAGUGGAGUAGACAAGGUGCGGUACCUGAAGGGGCUCAUGGAAGGCGAAGCCAAGCUGUACCUGAACAACGUCGAGAUUAGUGAGCAGGGCUACAAGGAUGCGAUGCGCAAACUCUACCUGCGCUACGAAAACAAUCGUCAACUCAUCAAGUGCCACAUCGAAACCCUCUUCGACACGCCUGCAAUGUCACGGGAAUCGGCGGACGAGCUGUUGCUGCUCAUCGAUCGAUUCGAGCAGCAGCUUUCGGUUCUCAAAUCUUUAGGUGAACCAGCCGACAAGUGGAGUUCUCUGCUGGUUUACCAGUUGUCCAUCCGCCUCGACCAGCGCACACUUCGGGAGUGGGAGAGCUACUGCACAAAGCUCGACUCCGAGAACGUUGCAUCCGUACUGGGAGGAAUCGUCAAGCCCGCUGAGAAUUCCGAUGAGAAGACGGUCACGCCGUCGUACGUCACGAUGAUCAACUACCUGCAGAACUACGCCCGUGUCCUGACCGCAGCUCCAGCUACGUCGCCACCCCCACCUUCGCUGUCUCGCUCCAAGCCCAAACCAUCGAAGUCGGUGGCCUACACAGCAACUGCAGCAGCAAAACCUGAAAGCAGUUCAACUACAGCAGCAUCCAGCAGCGGAAAGACGAGCAAGCCGUGCGUCAAGUGCGGACAAGAGCAUCACCUGUACCACUGCCCAGGAUUCCACCAGCUCAACAGCACUUCUGGAACGCCACAGUACGCUCUAGUCUCUCACGAUAGAGCUGCUGUUCUGGAAACCGUCUUUCUACCCACCGCGCUCGUGAACAUUCGAGAUUGCAGAGGUCGCACCCAAGUCGCUCGUUGUCUGCUGGAUUGUGCAUCGCAACGCAACUUCAUCACAGAAGCCCUUUGCCAAAAGCUGCAACUGCCACGUGUCCGCCUCCCGGACGCGAUCUCCAUCUGCGGAAUCGGGAACUCGUCUGCUUCUGUGAAGCACAAGACCACGGUCACUGUCCAUUCUCGAGUCUCCUCCUUCGCGCUGAACAGCUCAAUGCUGGUUCUGCCGACGAUCACCGUGAAGCUACCACAGUCAACAGUGGAUGUUGGACAAUGGGCGAUCCCGCAGCACGUCGAGCUGGCUGAUCCAAAUUUUGCUGUUCCUGGGUCAAUCGACAUGAUCCUGGGCGCGUCGCAUUUCUUCCGAAUUCUCCGCAACGGACGAGUCAAGCUCGGAGAAAACCUGCCACUUCUACAGAACACCAAGUUCGGCUGGGUCAUUUCUGGAGAUUGCCUGCGCGAAGGUCACGACCACGUAAAUCCACGAGACUGUCAGUUCAGCAACCCGUGCACGAUCGAGGAACUGGUCAGCCGUUUCUGGGAGCUCGAGGAGGUUCAAGACAACAAAGGCUGGUCACCGUUGGAACGCUACUGUGAGGAUCACUUCCUCCAGCACACAACCAGGGAUCCCGACGGCCGCUACGUAGUGAAGCUUCCCAAGCGCGAAGAAAUGGUGCCGCUUUUGAAAGACAACCGGUUCAACGCAACUCGCCGCUUCUACUCUCUGGAGCAUUCUCUCGAACGAGAUCCGGAGAAGAAGGCGCAGUAUCACCGAUUCAUCGCCGAGUACCUGCAGCUCGGCCACAUGCGGGAGGUCGCACCAGAAGAGGUCGACGCUCAGCCGCAGUAUUUCCUUCCGCACCACGCUGUCAUGAAGCCAGACAGUACCACCACGAAACUUCGCACUGUUUUCGACGCAUCGUGCCGCUCAAAGUCGGGUCUCUCGCUAAACGAUGUCUUACUUCCUGGUCCCACCAUCCAGGACACCCUGGUCAAGAUUGUGAUGCGCUUCAGAUACCACCAGUUUGUCGUUUGCGCGGACAUCGAGAAGAUGUUCCGGCAAAUCUUGGUCCACCCGUCGGAUCAACCCCUCCAACGCAUCCUGUGGCGCGACGAUCCUGCUUUGCCGCUCAAGGAACUCCAGCUGUUGACGGUCACCUACGGCACAAACAGCGCGCCGUUCCUGUCGACCAGGGUACUUCAGCAGCUCGCUGACGAUGAAGAACACCAGUUCCCUCUUGCCGCCCAAGCUUUACGCCGUGACUUCUACGUCGACAACCUUCUCAGUGGUUCCGAUGACGAAAGCGCUCUCACCGCAUCCUGCAAGCACCAAGCUGUGCUCGCUGCGAUCCCACCGGAACUCCACGAGAAAAGCGCAAUCCGAGAUCUGGACCAUGAGGCGUCGGUAACCACCCUCGGCCUUCGAUGGGAACCCAACACCGACUUCUUGCUCUUCAAACCACCACACUGGAAGGAGUCACCAGUUCUCACGAAGCGAGUGAUAGCGUCGCAAGUCAGCAGCAUGUUCGACCCGCUCGGAUUUGUGUGUCCGACAAUCACGAAAGCGAAAAUCAAGUUGCAAGCACUCUGGAGGAUGCAGAUCGACUGGGACGCGCCAGUCCCUGAAGCGGUCGUGCGAGAUUGGAUGGAGUUCAAGCAAAGGUUGACCGGUUUCGAUCGGCUUCGCAUUCCUCGUCACGUCAUCCGUCCCGGCUCCAAGCGCCUAGAACUACACGGGUUCUGCGACGCGUCGGAGAACGCGUUCGGUGCCUGCAUUUACCUCCGUUCCAUCUCCGAGGACAAGAAGUGCACCGUUCGUCUUCUUACCGCCAAGUCCAAAGUUGCCCCCAUCAACAUCAACACGAUCCCACGUCUAGAACUCUGCGGCGCCCGCCUGCUUGCAAAGCUGCUGUGCCAAGUUCUGGAAAGUUACGCAAUCGACGCACCUGUCUACCUCUGGACAGACUCGACCAUCGUCCUGAACUGGAUCUCUGGAUCGCCGGUGAUGUGGGGAACCUUUGUAGCCAACAGGGUCGCUGAAAUCCAAGAACGCACUGCUCUCGCCACCUGGAAUCACGUUCCGUCUGGAGACAACCCCGCGGACUUGGUUUCGCGAGGAAUGGACCUUGACGAACUGAUGGAAAGCGCACUGUGGUGGCACGGACCGCAGUGGCUUGGAAUCGACCAGCAUCCCUGGCCGCAAAUCUACGUUCCCAACGCGAAUGUGGAAGAAGAAAGACGGCGAGUCGUCUCUCUACCGGCUGUUGAAGACCAGCAGGAUAUCAUCAACCGGUACUCAAAUCUGCGUCACUUGAUCAGAAUCGGAGCUCUGCUUCGGCGGUUCUGCGAGAACUGCCUGCGUCACAAGAACGGUCAACUCAAGCUGGUUGGUCCACUCACCCUCGAUGAACUCGAUCGCACACAACUGGACCUCAUCCGUCGAGUUCAGCAGCAGUAUUUUGAAGAAGACUUCCGCUUACUCAGCACAACGGGAAGAGCUCACCGGAAGUCGAAGCUGCGUUUCCUUCAUCCGCAGCUCGUCAAUGGCAUUAUUCGGGUUGGCGGCCGGCUUCACAAUGCGAGGAUCCCGGUUGAUGUCAAGCAUCCGAUCGUUCUACCAGCCAAACACCGCUUGACCGAGAUGAUCACCAGAAGAGAACACCUACGAACACUUCACGCUGGUCCUGGGCUGCUGUUGUCCACCCUCCGACAGCGAUUCUGGCCUCUUGGCGGCCGGAACCUAGUGCGAAGCAUCGUCCACCGGUGCAUGACAUGCGCCCGAGCAAAACCAAGUACGCUGCAGCAGCUGAUGGGCAACCUACCAAGCGUUCGGGUCAACCAGGCACACCCUUUCGAGAACGUCGGAGUGGAUCUAGCUGGUCCGAUCUACAUCUGUUCCUCACUACGAAACCAUCGGAACCCGAUCAUCAAGGCGUACAUCGUGGUGUACGUUUGUUUGGCAACAAAAGCGGUCCAUCUGGAUCUCGUCACGGACCUCACAACAGAUGCCUUCAUCGCCUGUCUGCGUCGAUUCUGUGGACGGAGAGGACUUCCCGCGAACGUCUACUGCGACAACGGGACGAACUUCGUCGGGGCGCACAAAGAACUGGAGGAUCUGCGGAAGCUGUUUUUGACGCAGCGACACCAAGAUGCAGUUGCACGAGACUGUGCGGACAGCGGAAUCCACUUUCACUUUAUCCCACCUCGUUCGCCAACCUUCGGUGGAAUCUGGGAAGCUUGCGUCAAGUCCGUCAAGCAUCUGCUGCGAAGAGUCGUCGGCGAUGCCCACCUCCUCGAGUCCGAGAUGCAGACUGUGCUCAUCCAAAUUGAAGGUCAACUGAACUCACGUCCAAUCGUUCCGUUGCCUGCAAGCCCGUCUGACGAAAUGGCCCUUACACCAGGGCACUUCCUGGUCGGACGACCGCUCAACGCGAUUCCCGACCCAGAUCAACAAGCUAUCCCUGAAAACCGCCUGUCUCGCUGGAGAAGAGUACAACAACUAGCACAACACUUCUGGUCGCGCUGGCACAAAGAGUAUCUGGCGACUCUUCAGAAUCGCUAUCGCUGGAACACGGAACUGGACAAUCUCGCAGUCGGUUCUGUUGUCGCGCUGAUGGACGAGCGAUACCCACCGCAGAAAUGGCUCCUGGGACGUGUUCUCGACGUACACCCGGGUGCAGAUGGCCUUGUACGGGUGGCCACGGUCAAGACGAGCACCGGGACGACUCAACGCGCCAUCAACAAACUCUGCCUGCUUCCGGUGGAGAUUGAUCCAGCCAGCAUAGCAACGCAACAACAAUCGCCGGUCGAGAGGUCUCCUGGCCCUAGCUCGGGGAACAGAGCAGCCGGUUCGGACGCCGGUGCUUACUCUAAUAUUCAGCCGUUCAUCCUUCUAGCGUCGCACCACACCUCCCGAAGGAUGACACGCACCAAACACCAACCAGGACUGCCGAUCAACCCCCAGCUGUUCGAGGAGCAUCUCUAA